AUGGCCGACUAUGGCGAGGCCUACGAUGAGGAGUAUUACGAUGAGAUGGAUGAGGGGAUUACGUCGGAGGACUGCUGGACGGUGAUUUCGUCGUUUUUCGAUACCAAAGGUCUCGUUUCACAGCAGCUGGACUCGUUCGAUGAAUUUAUCUCCUCGACGCUACAGGAAUUAGUAGAGGAACAAGGCCAAGUGACUCUAGACCAGACGAUUCCGCCAUCCGAGGAUGAAGUCGACCCCGUCGUUGUCCGCCGAUAUGAGCUCAAAUUCGGAACCGUCAUGCUUUCCCGGCCGAUGGCCAUGGAAGGCGACGGUGCUGCUACGAUUAUGUUGCCGCACGAGGCUCGUCUCCGAAAUAUGACUUACGCCAGUCCUUUAUAUCUCGGAAUCAGGAAGAAGGUUAUGGAGGGACGAGAACGCAUGGUCGGUGAUGGCGACGAUGACGAUAUGGGCGAGGAUAGAAAAGCGGCGGGCACUUACCUGCAGUGGGAAGAGAUGGCGUUGGCUCAGGAUCAGGCGAAGGAGGAAACUGUUCACAUCGGAAAGAUGCCGAUUAUGCUCAAGUCUAAGUACUGUCUUCUCAGGGAUCUGGGCGAGCAGGCUCUGUAUGACUGGAACGAGUGUCCUUAUGACUCUGGUGGUUACUUCAUCAUCAACGGAAGUGAAAAGGUUUUGAUCGCCCAGGAACGCAGCGCUGGAAACACAGUUCAGGUUUUCAAGAAGGCCCCGCCAAGCCCGACACCCUACGUUGCUGAAAUCCGCAGUGCCGUUGAAAAGGGGUCAAGGUUGCUGUCGCAGUUGGCUCUCAAGCUCUUCGGCAAGGGCGACAGCGCCAAAGGCGGAUUCGGUCCUACAAUCCGAUCAACAUUGCCGUACAUCAAGGCCGACAUUCCAAUCGUCAUUGUUUUCCGUGCGCUCGGUGUCGUUUCCGAUGAAGAUAUCCUCAACCACAUUUGCUACGACCGAAAUGAUACGCCUAUGUUGGAGAUGCUGAAACCCUGCAUUGAGGAGGGUUUCGUUAUUCAGGACCGUGAAGUCGCCCUGGAUUUCAUUGCCAAGCGUGGCUCGUCUCAGUCGAGCAUGAACCACGAACGUCGUGUCAGAUACGCUCGAGAGAUUAUGCAGAAGGAGCUGCUGCCUCACAUCUCCCAAAGCGAGGGUAGUGAAACCCGAAAGGCUUUCUUCCUUGGUUACAUGGUGCACAGACUUCUUCAGUGUGCUCUUGGCCGUCGCGAUGUUGACGACCGUGAUCACUUCGGAAAGAAGCGUCUUGAUCUUGCUGGUCCUCUGCUGGCCAAUCUCUUCCGUGUUCUCUUCACUAGAGUUACCCGCGAUCUCCAGCGCUACGUGCAGCGGUGUGUCGAGUCAGAACGCGAGAUUUACCUCAACGUUGGUCUCAAGGCCAGCACUGUCACUCAAGGUCUGCGGUACGCCCUCGCUACCGGUAACUGGGGAGAGCAGAAGAAGGCCGCCAGUGCCAAGGCGGGUGUGUCGCAAGUGCUCAGUCGUUAUACCUACGCUUCUACACUGUCACAUCUUCGGCGAACGAACACGCCCAUCGGCCGUGAUGGUAAGAUUGCAAAACCCCGUCAGCUACACAACACCCAUUGGGGUCUGGUAUGUCCCGCGGAGACUCCUGAAGGUCAAGCUUGUGGUCUGGUCAAGAACUUGGCGCUCAUGUGCUACAUCACUGUCGGUACACCUAGCGAGCCCAUCAUCGAUUUCAUGAUUCAGCGUAACAUGGAAGUGCUCGAGGAGUUUGAGCCUCAAGUUACGCCCAACGCUACCAAGGUCUUUGUCAACGGUGUCUGGGUCGGUAUUCACCGACAACCCGCUCACCUUGUCGAGACUAUGCAAGCCCUUCGUCGGCGAAACAUGAUUUCCCACGAAGUCAGUCUUAUCCGAGAUAUUCGUGAGCGAGAAUUCAAAAUCUUCACCGACGCCGGUCGUGUGUGCCGACCACUCUACGUCGUGGACAACGACCCCAAGAGUGAGAAUUGCGGCAACCUCAUCUUGAACAAGGAGCACAUUCGCAAAUUGGAGGAAGACAAGGACCUUCCGCCAGAUAUGGAUGCAGAGGACCGCCGCGAGCGCUACUUUGGAUGGGAUGGUUUGGUCAAGUCGGGCGUGGUUGAGUAUGUGGAUGCGGAAGAAGAGGAAACGAUCAUGAUCGUCAUGACACCAGAGGACUUGGAGAUCUCGAAACAACUGCAGGCUGGAUACGCGCUUCCUGAGGAGCAAGAUUCGAACAAGCGUGUGCGGUCGAUUCUCAGUCAACGGGCACAUACCUGGACACACUGCGAGAUCCAUCCCAGUAUGAUUCUCGGUGUUUGUGCCAGUAUCAUUCCCUUCCCCGAUCACAACCAGUCUCCUCGUAACACCUACCAGUCUGCUAUGGGUAAACAAGCUAUGGGUGUGUUUUUGACCAACUUUGACCAGCGCAUGGAGACCAUGGCGAACAUCCUCUACUACCCACAGAAGCCUUUGGCAACGACGCGAUCAAUGGAGUUCUUGCGAUUCCGAGAGCUUCCUGCCGGACAGAACGCGAUUGUCGCUAUUGCUUGUUACUCGGGAUACAACCAAGAAGAUUCGGUCAUUAUGAACCAGAGCAGUAUCGAUCGUGGCCUCUUCCGCAGUCUUUUCUACCGUACAUAUUCAGACAGCGAGAAGAUGGUCGGAUUGACAGUGGUCGAACGGUUCGAGAAGCCCAUGCGGUCCGACACGAUUGGCAUGCGAAAGGGUACAUACGAUAAGCUCGAUGAAGACGGUAUCGUCAAUCCUGGUGUGCGUGUUUCGGGUGAGGAUAUCAUCAUCGGCAAGACCGCUCCGCUGGCACCGGACGCAGAAGAGCUGGGUCAACGGACCAAGGCCCAUACCAAGCUGGAUGUGUCGACGCCGCUCCGCAGCACGGAGAACGGUAUCGUCGACCAAGUUUUGGUUACCACCACUCCGGACAGCUUGAGAUCGGUCAAGGUGCGCAUGCGAAUGACCAAGGUUCCGCAGAUUGGAGACAAGUUCGCUUCUCGUCACGGUCAGAAGGGUACGAUUGGUAUCACCUAUCGACAGGAAGACAUGCCGUUCACUCGCGAGGGUGUUACGCCGGAUCUUAUCAUCAACCCGCACGCCAUUCCGUCUCGUAUGACUAUUGCUCACUUGAUCGAGUGUCAGCUCAGCAAGGUUUCUGCGUUGCGUGGAUUCGAAGGUGAUGCCACUCCAUUUACCGAUGUCACCGUCGACUCGGUCUCUCGUCUCCUCCGCGAGCACGGCUACCAGUCGCGUGGAUUUGAAGUAAUGUACAACGGACACACAGGACGCAAGCUAGUGGCGCAGGUCUUCCUGGGACCGACGUACUACCAGCGUCUGCGACACAUGGUGGACGACAAGAUCCACGCUCGUGCGCGUGGACCUACGCAGAUCUUGACGCGGCAGCCAGUGGAAGGUCGUGCUCGAGACGGUGGUCUUCGAUUCGGAGAGAUGGAACGUGACUGCAUGAUAGCGCAUGGAGCCAGUGCGUUCCUGAAGGAGCGAUUGUUCGACGUGUCGGACCCGUUCCGAGUGCACAUCUGCGACGACUGCGGGCUGAUGACGCCGAUAGCGUGA